AUGGUCGUGGACAAGGAAGGAGAGGACAUGCUCAUGAACAUGAAGGAAGAUGAAAUGGAUUCUAGUAUUAAGCGAAAGGUUAUACUUAUAAUUAUGGGGUUAGGACAACCCCAGAUUACUAGUACUGAUAGACAACAUUGGAAAAGAAACACUACACUUGAAAAUCAAGGACACAAAAACUUUGUUUAUCUAUAUCUAUGGCUUAUCGAGAUUGGGAUUAACAGGAAUGGUUGGGACAAUAAAUAUCUAUCUCGUUCAUAUUUUGGAUACCCAUAG